UGACUGUUGACAAGCAAUCAUAAUAUCAACAAAAUACUUUUUCUUUAAAUUAAAAUAUUUAUGUAAAUCUAAAUUGAAUAUACAACAUUUGUUAAUACUUGCACAACGGGAAUUGGAGUAGUUUUAUAAAUGCAAAGAUAAAUAUUGAGCACAUUUCCAAUUAACAUACGGAUCUAGUAAGAAAUAUUUUUUAUAAAAUAAAUAAUAUCUUAGACUGUACAUUGUAAACUUGGUAAUACGUUACUAAGUUUACGCACAUAUUAAGAGCAUAGAUUUAAUAUGAUCAUAUUUUUGAGUGAACUACAAAAGGAACAUCUCAGUUUGCUUCAUAAUCAUUCCCCACAGGUGCUAAUUGACUUCUGCAAAUUAACAAUUGAUUAUCUUAAUAAUGGAAUUAAUGAAAAGAAAUAUGCCUUGGCAGCAGAGAAAUUGGAGACAUUGCCAUCUGUUAUUCAAAAUUUGAUUCAAGCCUUAGCUCACCUCAUUUUAGAAGGUUGCAAACAUAAUUUAUCAGAGCAGAAUUUUAAAUCGUCACUAGCUAUCGCAGGAUUUUCUGAUGAUCACCAACAAGUUUUAAUAAAAUUCUAUUCAAAAAAGAAGCGAGAGCUCUCCGCUGCAUUAAAUUUACUCCAACAGAAAGAUCCUACAUAUCAGGACUUGGCUUGGAGAUUCGAAGUGCAGAUGGCAUCAAAAAGUUGUCCAGAACUAAUAAAACCCGUGGUCACUAUGGACUAUGUUCUAUCUGUACCAAAAAGCUACGACCAUAGUAUAGACAAACAUACCCAUAGAGAAUCACAUGAUAUUUGUAUAAGUUCUUCAGUAGAAGAAGCAAAGGCAGCUAGCCAUUGUCAAAAUGUAGUAAAACACGUUAUAAUGCAAUGUGAUUUACCAACAUUAGUACAUUUAACUAAUACAUUGAACGAGGCUGUCAACGAAUCGAAGAGUCAACAUAUACGGAAGAUUCAAAGAGCAUUGUAAAUAAAAAAAAAAAAAUUAAAAAA